GACGUUUCCGCCUCCCGUUACUGUCCGUCUGGCGGCGCUUCAGCUCCCCGACCCGCGCGUUUCCGACGGGACCCCGAUCGUUUCUGGCUUGACCCCGGUCGCUCUGUGGCUUCAGGCCCGGAUCGCGCAUUGAAGAGAACAGAGUGGCGGUGGAAUUUCUGUGAAAAUUGAUGUUUUGGCGGGUCUGAGGUGCCACCUGAGCGUUUGAAGCUCCAAACUGCAACUGCAGUUUUAUUUUGUUUUUGGAGUGCUGCUACGACUUUGCUUUCUGCACCAAUCCGAGUUGCUGGGUUUUGCUUUCCCAACCCUGCCUUGGAGUUCUUGUUCUUUUGGCAAUGUGGGGUGCCCCCUAAAAGGUGUAGACCACUUGGGCAUGUGUGUACACGUGUUAUCAGUCAGUUAAUCUCCCAACGAAAACAAACCACACAACACCUUUGGUAACAAAAUGUUUUGGAAAGCAUCACAAUGAGCUUGCCCAUCUCAGGGUCUCUAUGAACACAUUGAAAUACAUCCUUUUAUUUGUUCGCAAGGCUCAGCGUUUGUGUUCUGUCUGCAGAUCUCUCUUUUUCUGGACUCUGUUUCUGUUCCUGUUUUCCCUUGUUAAAAAAUUCCAACCUUGCAGCUGUUCGUCAAGGUUACAGAGCCGCACUCAGUCUCCAGGGGAACAGGGGCCUGAUUCUUUACCCAUCAUCCUGUGAGUCAGGAGGAAUUAAUCUGAAGACAAACUAAAUUUAGUCAUUAGGCUUCGGCUGACAGAUUUGCUUGAUAUAAAUUUGUUUGGAUAUCCAGGACAGCAAAGCCCUGGAUAGCCUGCGCUGCCGCUAACCUUGAAUCUGCAUGCAAAGUUGCUCUGUGUCCUACACUUUUUCCUCACUUAUUAUUAGAAAUGCGUUUCCACAAGGCAUACAAUCGAUAGUGAUAUAUGAUCAAUGAUCCAGUUGUAAGUAAUUUGGGAGAAAAUCUGGCGGCAACGUAAGUCCUUGUAGCGGUGUCCUUUUACAGUAUUGUGUCGUGCUGCAUUGAAACAACGGGUCUUUGUGUUGUAUGGGAGAGUGUGUGUGUGUGCGUGUGUGCGUGUGCGUGUAAAUAAAAUGACUGGCCGUAGAUGCUGCAGAAGGAAGCUUUGUUGUCCAUGGUACUGUAAGGGGGUGACUCCCAUCAUGCAACACUGCACGCAGGCAUUCAGGAGUGAGGCUGCUACCACCCCCUCGCCUUCUGAGUGCCACACCGUCCCCUUGGCAACCCUGGCCCUCGUGCCCCCUGUGUCGUCCUGCCGCCCGGGACCGCAAGGCCAACUGAACUGAGCGAGGCCGUGAGGCCGUCUCCGUGCAGGUUGAACAUCGCUCUGGGCGGUGUGACUCCGCUGUACUUCCACCUGGUGAACGUGUGCCUGCACUGCGCGGUGACGGCGCUGCUGAUGCACGCGUGCGCGCGGAGCGUGUUCGGCGACAGCCGCCCCGCCUUCCUCACCGCCCUGCUCUUCGCCGUGCACCCCAUCCACACGGAGGCGGUGUCUGGGAUCGUGGGGAGAGCUGACGUCCUGGCCUGCCUGCUGUUCCUCCUCACCUUUCUCUCCUACAUUAGGAGUGUAGACGGGAGCUGUGCAGGAGAGAGGGCGCCCCCUACAGUGUCGUACUGGUCUCUGCUGCUCAGCCUGCUGCUGGGAACCUGCGCCAUGCUGGUGAAGGAGACCGGCGUCACUGUGUUCGGCGUCUGCGUGCUGUACGACGGCCUGGUGCUGUGCCACAAGCCCCUGCUCUCGCACCUGUCCUGUGCCAGGAUGAGGGACAUGCCAAAAGCCUGCUGGCCCUUCAUCAAGCGCACCUGUGUGGUUACUGUCUACGUGGCGCUCAUCAUGUCCUUCCGCCUGUGGGUCAUGGGCGGCUCCAUGCCCCUGUUUUCCGAGCAGGACAACCCAGCAUCGUUCUCCCCACACCUGCUCACCAGGUUCCUGACCUACUGCUACCUGCUGGCCUUCAACGCCUGGCUGCUGCUGGCCCCGGCCGUGCUCUGCUACGACUGGCAGGUGGGCAGCAUCCCGCUGGUGGAGUCCGUGUGGGACGUGCGCAACGUCGCCACCUUGCUGCUCGGGGUGGCACUGCUCUCCCUCUGCCUGCACUGCUUCACGUCGCUGCGGAGGCCGGAGGAGAAGGAGGCGCUGGUGGGGCUGCUGUUCCUGGUGUUCCCCUUCAUCCCCGCCUCCAACCUCUUCUUCCGCGUGGGCUUCGUGGUGGCCGAGCGCGUCCUCUACAUGCCCAGCAUGGGGUACUGCAUCCUGGUGGUGCACGGGCUGAACCGGCUGUGCUCGCUGGCGGGGAGGUGGGGCUGCGCGACGCUCACCGUCUCCAUGCCGCUGCUGCUGCUGCUCUUCUCCUGGAAGACCGUGCAGCAGAACGAGAUCUGGCUGUCCCGCGAGGCCCUGUUCAGAUCUGGGAUCCAGACUCUGCCCUACAAUGCCAAGGUGCACUAUAACUACGCCAACUUCCUGAAGGACCGCGGGCGCCACCAGGAGGCCAUUCACCAUUACAAAACCGCUCUGAGGCUGUACCCCCGGCACGCCAGCGCCAUGAAUAACCUGGGCACCCUGACACGCCACCCGGAGGAGGCCGAGCGCUACUACAGGCGGGCACUGGAGAUAAACCCCCAGCACAACAGAGCGCUCUUUAACCUGGGAAACCUGCUCAAGUCCCAGGGGAAGGAGGAGGAGGCCGAGCGCAUGCUGAGGAACUCCAUCCUCUUCGGGCCGCACUUCGCCGACGCCUACUCCAGCCUCGCCUCCCUAUUCGCUGAGCAGAAGCGGUUUCCUGAAGCCGAUGAGAUCUACCUGCAGGGCAUUGAGAACUGCCCCGACAGCUCAGACCUGCACAACAAUUACGGAGUUUUUCUGGUGGACACAGGUGACAGCGAAAGGGCAGCCGUCCAUUACCAGCAUGCCGUGCGGCUCAAGCCCGCUCACUACGUCGCCAUGGUGAACUUGGGCCGGCUGCUGCGAUCGUCCAAUGAGAACAAGGAGGCGGAAGCCUGGUAUAAGAGGGCGCUGCAGGUGGCGCGGAAGGUGGAGAUCCUGACCCCGCUGGGGGCGCUGUACUACAACACGGGGCGGUACGAGGAGGCGCUGCAGGUGUACCGCGAGGCCGCUGCCCUGCAGCCCGACAGCGCCGACAUCUGGCUGGCCCUGGCCCAAGUGCUGGCCAUGGCGGGGCGCUCCAAGGAGGCGGAGAAGAUGACCUUCGGGAUCAUCACCAGAAACGCGGGCUGCGUGGAGUGCUAUCGCCUCCUGUCCGCCAUCUACAGCAAGCGGGGGAGCCACGAGGAGGCUCUGGACGCUCUAGAGAAAGCCCUGCAGCAGAACCCCAGUGAGGCGGGCGUUCGGGCAGAGCUGCACUUCUCCAAGGGGAACCAGCUGAGGGAGAUGAACAUGUUGGACAGUGCCUUUGAGAGCUACAAGUUGGCUGUGGAACUCAAUCCGGACCAAUCACAGGCCUGGAUGAAUAUGGGAGGUAUACAGCACAUCAAGGGAGACUACGCUUUGGCUCGGCAGUACUACCAGAGGGCCCUGCAGCUGUCCCCCGGCUCCAAGCUGCUGAAGGAGAACCUGGCGAAACUCGACAGGCUGGAGAAGAGACACAACGGGGCGUAGGGCGGAGGAGAAGAGACGGAACGGAGCGCACGGGGAAGCAGAAGAGAAGAACAGAGCGUAGGGUGGAGGAGAGGAGGCAGAACAGAGCAUAGGGUGGAGGAGAAGAGGCAGAACUGAGUGUAGGACGACGUGAGGAGAACAGGCGUGUGGAGUAGGGCAGCUGCUGCAAAGGUGAUGUGGCAGGACGCGGCGCAGGGGCUGAGGGGUCUAGUGCAGCACACAGGCGCCCCCUGGGGGCCGGCACUGUGCUCUGCGUGUGUAUAUGUGUGGGCCAGGGGUGGGGAACGGGCACUGAACCAAAAGGGACCAGAUCCUUUCAGAGGGGUUGUAACCAGGCCAGACAAUCCCCUCUACCACUCCCACACUGAUCAGCUUUAAAACAUCAGACAAAAAUGUGCUUUUAUACAAUACCUGUCUUUAAUCUUCACUUCAUUUAAUUCUGCGCACGGAAAAUCAAAUAUCCCAUACUUUCAUCUCACCUUUACAUAACCGUGGUCUUUAAAAAAACAGAGAACUUUGCUGACUAGAGAUGUCUCCGUUCCACAAAGGCAGGAGAGAGGCUGUGGUGUGACAGGAGCGCUGUGAUCAGGAGCGGUGCGUGUGUGUGAGCUGGUCCGCAGGCCCAGAGGAGAAUAGAGCUGACACACACACACACACACACACAGGUGAGUGUGACACCCUCCUGUAGCAGAGUCAGGUGCCUUCCUCACACUGUCGAGUGCUAUGCGGUCCUGUGAACGAGGGACGUAGAAAUCGCACGCAGACCUGUGCGAGCCAGAUGCGUUUCUGCUCGCAGGCGUUCCUGCGACGGCAGCCUAGUCCCGCUGUGCCCCUGCGCGGGUGUGGCACAGCGCCCCGCGUCGCCCCAGCAGUCUUUCUGUGAGCGGCACAGCUCAUAUCUGCAGGUAGUGCGAGUGUGAGGAUUCUCUCUUCUGUCCUCACAUACAUUUCCCCUUAAAGAACAUACAGUCAGUGAAUUCUGCUCUGCUCACCACAGAUAAGAGAGAACCUAUUAUUAUUAUUAAUAAUAAUAAUAAUUAUAAUAAUAAUAUUAACAUUAUUAGGAGUAUUAUUUUACAUUUAAUUUAUAUUUUUGUGUUCUUCCAGUUAAGUAUGGAAGCUGGACUUUCACAUAAAAAUAUUGCGAGUGAAAGUUAAAUGUGAUCUAGAAUCCAGAAAAAAAAACGACCAACGCAUUGUAACCAUCUUUCGGUGAAAGAAAGUCCACCAGUUUUAAUAUCUGGGGUUUGAUAUUUUGAGAGUAAUGAUUCCAGGUGAACCGCACCUUUAAUAACAGGAUUCCGGAAUGCUGGCACGUCAUGUCACCGCACCCGCUGCUCUGACGUUGUAGCGGUGUGGUGAUGCUGCGUCAGCUUCACAGGCGUGCUGUGCUGAAGCUCCCGCUCGGGUCUCCAGGUGCAGUCUGAAGUUUUGUUUUGGUACGGUAUGAAAUGACGAGCGCUACUUAUCCCUCAUCGAUUAAUCGGGCCGAUCAUAACAUUCUGAAUUAUGCUGAAAUUUCGGAGAUGAACCGGACUGGCUUCAUCUCAUUGAAGGAGGCGAAAUGUAAGCGAGUGAGCGAGUUAGUUAGUUGCUUAGUUACAAACCGGGCCCGUGAGGUGCUUCGCAUCUAAAAAUCACAUUUGUCAUCGACAAUCAGUAAUGGAAUGAAAACCGCCCUGAAACGAUGGAGGUCUGUGAUUCAAAAAUCUAGGAUGAAAAACACAAUGUCCGUCUGUGCUUAUCAAGCAGGUCGUCUUAAUGAUCAGCCAUCUAAUACACGUUUACCUUUUAACUUGGGGUGAUGGUGGUUGCAAUACAGAAGGAUUACAGAUGCAAUUAAAAAGGAAUCAGCUGAUGGAUGGCCUUACUGUACUUCGAUUGGAGCACUUAUUAAUUAUGUAAAACAAUUGAUGGAAAUGGUUUAAGACAAAUAGCAUGGAAAGGGUGACGUUUUUUUGCCUCCCCUACUCCAAGUUUAUUUUGAACCAUAGCUCAGGCCAUUUCAUCAGAAUGUAACUGGCGAGAAAGGAAAAUGUAUUUUGUCACAAAAUAAAAAUUGGGCACCCCUAAAAGCCCCUUUUACUUUAAUUGCUGUUAAUGUAAUGCUUAAAAUUAUAUUCUUAAGACAUCAUCAUGACCAAGCACGUAUUUGGUACUGAGUACCCACUGGUACAUCUUUUGUUCGGCCGAAUCUAAAUAUUUUCCGUAUCUCCUAUGCUGAAUACCACUUUGAAUGUUCUAGAGAAACUAAAAGAGAGUAUAUGAUUGUUACGACCAUUUAAAUUGUUGAAUUGUGCAUAAUUUAUCAUAAUUUAUGGAACUAUUGUAUCUUUGUUUUAGUAAUUAUUUUGUAUGUGCAUGCAAGAUUUUGAUGAAUAUCUUAAAUAUAUUAUGUAAAAUAUGUUAUUUAUUUUAUGCAAAUGAAUGGUUUAUUUGUACCCUGAAUGUGUGAAUGUUUACCUGAAACAAGAUUUCUAUUAAUGUCUUACAAUUCAAAUUUUCAAAUUUCCUGCUUUUAAAAGCUAAAUAUAUUGUACUUUGGCAGAAGGAUAUAAUUUAGAAGUUACGCAAAACUUAAAGCUUAGCCAAAGAACUGUAAAAGGAAAUAUAUAUUUAAUUCCUUGUUCAUUAUCAGUACUGAAUAGUAAUUACGUUCAGGUUUUUGAAGAUUGACUUUUUCAUUUGACAAAUAUUUGACCCCAUACUAUAUUAUGUUUAAACACAUCUAGAGAAAGCUGUCAAGAAGGCAUGCUUUAAAAUAUAAGAUAGAAGAUAUAUAUUGCAAUGUCCAAACAGUAAGCUAUAUCAUUUUAUUUUUCCACGUUGUAACAAAUAAAUGUGUGUCUGUUUCAUUAUUUUGUGUUCGGAAUAAAAUUAUAUUUUGGCAGUAAAA